AUGGAUAAUGAACGCGAGUGUUGGAAUGCGACCGUGCCCUCAUUCGAGGGCCUCACCCUCGACGAGGCGGGACAGCACGUACUCGCCCAGAUCGGUAUCAAACUAGAGCCACUCCCCGAGAUAGAGAAAGGACUGGACGAAGCCCGAGAAGAGGAUGUGGAGGAUCUGAUGCCGGCCCUAAACUGCGCUAUCGUCUGCCUUGCAAAUCAGCUCGAAGACUUACGGCUGAACCGAAGCAAGAUGAACUCAUCGUGGCUCGCUAAAUUCCUCGACUACAACAAGAACCUCAGCACUCUCCACUACACCACCCGGCAUCAAGAGUGGAUGCACGACCUCUGCGAUUAUUGGGACCCGUCAACAAUCGAUCACUUCAGCAUGAACCAAGCCAUUCGUGUCGGGAGGCGGCAACUAAAACAGCUAUAUCUGGGGAGCGUAGCUCUCCCCAUUGACGAAGGCUUGAAUGAACAUGCAAGCGUGGAAACCCUUGUGGUUCUGCCAUUUACCCUGUUAGAACGUCUGUCCAUCGAUCUUCGGUGGCUGAUGCCUCCUACCAGAGAUAGCGGCGAUGGCCGCGAUGUUGAGGAUGAUCUUUCGGGUUUCCCACCGGCAUUACUACUCCCGUCGAGCCUCCAAGAGCUGGAAUUGACCGAGACUUGGAGCUCUGCUGACCUGGAGCGUUUUAGGGUUGAUGUUGUAACGGAAGUGAGAUGCACCAUGUGGAUACAGAUGGCACUAUACACCUUGCUUACAGGCGAUCCAAACCUGUGGCCAUCAUUAGCCUUUCGGGAAAGGCUACCUCACUUGCGCAAGGUGACUUUCAGUGCCCGUUGGCCCCGCCAUGACAAGGAAACCAUGUAUGCCCGUCUUGAGGACUUAGACGACGUCAACGAACUGCCACCCACGUCGGACGAGGCCAUCAAGAGAAUCAAGGAGCUAUUCAUGAGACUGGGAGUGGAAUUCGUCUGGAAGUGGCAGGAAUUCAACAUGCGAGCUAUGUAG